UAAAUUUAGAAUUCAAAAUAGAAAAAUAAUUUUUUGAGAAAACUAUCAGAUAGACCCUCGUACUAUAGCCAAAACGUCAAUUAAGCCCUCGCACUUCAAAACACCCAAUUGAACCCCUGAACUCUUUAAAAUGCUCAAUUGGGCCGAUUAGCCGGUAGCAUCUCACUUUGCCGGUUAACGACCCGCAUGGCAGCCUACGUGGCAUUUUUUUCAUUUCCAUUUUCGUUUUUAUUCCUUUUUUCCUUUUCUUUUCUCUUUCUUUUUUCUCCUUUCUUUUCCUCGUCUCUUUUCCUCUUUCUAACUUCUCUUCUGCGCAAGCCCCUCUCUAGACUUCUUCCACGCAACACUGUGGCACCGUCCUUGCGCCAGCGUCUGUACACCGAACUCACUGCCCUGCACCAUCUUCCUUCUUCAAUUUCUUUUAUCCGAGAGAUGCCUGUUCAAAUAGGGAGGAUUCAAGGUUUGCCUUCACCACCGGUAACUGCACCCGCCACCGUCGGGAAGUGCGGCGGCCAUAUCUGAUGAUUUCGGCUGCCGCUGGAGUUGGAGUUCGUCGGAUAUCGGAGUUGGAUUUCGUCAGAUUUCUGAAGUAAAUUGAAGGGCGACAAUGCAGUGAUAGUGUGCAGUGAAGGGCGUGCGUCUGGGUGCGGUGAAGUCCACCGGCGGCACAGAAUUUUGCUCCUCUCCAGUUACUGGACUUCUCCGGUAUGAGAGAUAUAUAGAGAGAUGGGAGAAUGGUGGGGUAGGGAAAUAUAAAAGAUGGGAUUUAAUUAUUAUUUUUAAGGAGAGAAAUAGAGUGAAAAAGAAAUGGAGAGAAAGAAAUGGAGAGGAGUAUGACUCACCGGCACAAGUGUGAUGGAUUUCUGGUGGUGGCGGUCAUGUUUGCAGAAGGUGGUGACUUGGGGCGAGCUAGAAGAAAGAGGACAGGUCGUGACUUGGGAGUUGGGGCGAGCAAGAAGAAAGAGGGAAGAGAAGAACAAAAGAGAAAAAGGAAAGAAAAAAGAAAAAAGAAAAAGAAAAGGGAAAUGAAAAAAUGCCAUGUAGGCUGCCAUGCGGGUUGUUAACCGGCAAACCGAGAUGCUACCGGCUAAUCGGCCCAAUUGAGCAUUUUUAAAGAGUUCAGGGGUUCAAUUGGAUGUUUUUGAAGUGCGAGGGCUUAAUUGACGUUUUGGCUAUAGUACGAGGGCCUAUCUGAUAGUUUUCUCUAAUUUUUUUUUGAGUUUCGGAUUUUAAAUUUAUAAUUCAUUUUUGGAGUUUUUUAAAAUUUAUUUUAUUUAGUUAAAGUGAUAGAUUUUGUCAUAUAUAGAAAUAUGAGAGUACGUAUAUGUGCAUUUCUACAUAUACUUUAGGCGUACAAACCCAUACCUAUUGCUAGCUAGGGUCACCAUGGAGGAGUCUUCAAAAAG